CCAAGCAAUGCCUUAGAUAAUUAAGAUCCAAACCCCUUUUUUUUUCUUCUUUUUUUUUUUUUUUGUUGCAGAGAAACUAAUCAAAUUAGGAGAGGGAGUUGAUAGUGUCAGCUAACGGAUCUAAAUCAUAUAGAAUUGAACCGUGUUGAAUUCAAUGAUUAAUUCGUAAACGAGGGAAGAAAGAAGAUGAACAACGAAGAAAAAGAAAAAGAAAAAUUACGACACCUUUUGUACACAAAUGUUAGGAUAGGGAAUUGGAAGGAAGUGAUAAAGAAAUGUGGAGAACAUGUAGAAGGUUUGGCUUUGAUGCUGACCCAUGCAAACAACACGACGUUGCAUUUGGCUGCAUAUGACAAAGAAGUAAAAGUAGUUGAAAGGUUAGUGAGAACGAUUUGUAUGUUUGAAAGAAAGGACAUUCUUAAGAUUAAAAAUGAAAGAGGGAACACUCCUCUUCAUGUGGCUGCGUCAAUGGGAUGUGCUAGAAUGUGUCGCAUCAUUGGUUCGGUAGAUGAGAAGUUAGUUGAUGAGAGGAACAAAGACGGUGAAACUCCGCUCUUCUUGGCGGCCCUCCAUGACCACAAGAAUGCGUUUUAUUGUCUUUAUAACUUUUGUAAAAUGGACCAAUAUCGAUUUGAGAGUAAUAGCAGGAGGCAGAUUAAUGGAGAUACCAUUCUUCAUUGUAUUCUCAAAAACGAGCAACUUGAUUUGGCGUUUCAAUUCAUUCACAACAACAACGAGGCUGCUGACUGGGCAGAUAAAGAAGGUCAAACCCCUCUCCAUGUUCUUGCAACUAAACCAUCUCUCUUCAGAAGCGGUGCCCACAUGACCCGAUGGCAUUGCAUCGUCUAUUACUGUUUUCAUGUGGAUGAACUAAAGCCUGAAUCAGAAGCAACUGAAGCAAAAAACCCCACAAAACCAAUGAUACCUGCUUCAUCUUUCCCAGAACACUACGCCACUUGCAUUGAUUUCGUUAAAAUUUUGUGGGACAAACUUUUAAUCAUCAUCGGUUGGAAAGGAGUAACAGAGAGGAAGGAAGAAAUGAACCCGUGUAACUAUAAUGAAACUGAGGGCCUGGAUCUCGAAAUAGAUGUUGACAAGAAAACUGAAAUUAUGGAAAUCCAUGAAUCAGACGUUCCCUUAGAUACUCAACUUCUCACAAGACCUGGUGAUCAUCCCUUAAAAAGGAAGCCCCCGAGUUCCAAUUUCCCGGAAAAUUAUGAUACGUGUAUCAACGUUUUUCAAUUAUUUCUCUCACCCAUCAUGAUCAUUUUGGGAUUCGGAUUUGAAGAAAUUAGAAAGUUAAAAGAGGAGAAACAGAAACACUUAUGGUCAGUUCAAGUGAUGGAGAAACUUCUAGCAUUGAGUUCACCCGAUAAAUAUGAUAGGACCGGAGAUACUCCCAAGCUCUCAAACUUACAAAAUGACGAAACACUUCCUUAUCUUUUCGAAGGACCUUCCGUCCGCUUCAAUGAAAAUCAAAUCACAAAUGAACUUUCCGACCUCUCCAAUGAAGAUCAAAUCACAAUUGAAACUAAGUUAGAAAUUAAAGGGAAGGCUAUUGGAAAAGAGAAGCCAAUGUUAUUAGCAGCAAAGAAUGGGGUGGUUGAGAUGGUGAUGAAACUAUUCGAACGUUCUCCAUCGGCGAUUCGUGAUAGUAACCAAGAGAAGAAGAACGUGGUUCAUUUGGCUGCAGAGCAUCGACAACCACAUGUAUACAAUUUUUUACUUACAAAAAAGAGUGAUCUUGAAAUCUUGUUUCGAGCUGUGGAUAAGAAUGGUGACAGCGCCUGUCAUCUCGCUGCUCAUCUCAAAACUGAUAACCCUUGGCAAGUCAACGGACCUGCCUUGCAAAUGCAGUGUGAAGUUAAAUGGUAUAAGUACGUGAGGGAUUCAGUGGAACCCAAUUUCUUUGUUAAACACAACAACAAAGGAGUACUUGCAAGAAACAUCUUCUACGCCACACACGAGGAGCUAGCUAAAAAGGGUGCGGAGUGGUUUGCCAAGACCGCCGAUUCAUGCACCGUGGUCGCUGGUCUGGUUGUGACGGUCGCCUAUACUUCAGCCAUGGCUGCCCCUGGCGGUAAUGGGAACGAUGGUACCUCGCCAUUUGAAAUGGAAACAGGAUUUUAUAUCUACUCUAUAGCUUCCCUUGUUGCUCUUUGCCUCUCCUCGACUUCAGUGAUUAUGUUCUUGGGAAUUUUGACGUCGAGAUUUGACGAAAAAAGCUUUGGCUUCAAGUUGCCUGGUAGAUUGUUCAUUGGCCUUUCCUCACUUUUCUUCUCCAUUGUCGCGAUGUUGGUUUCAUUUUGUGCAGGCCACUACUUUCUACUUAGUCAUCGCCUUCAAAAUACGGCGGUUAUCAUCUACCUUGCUACUUCUCUCCCCGUUGCAUUAUUCUUCAUCAUAUCGCAACUUCCUCUUUUCUAUGAUAUGCUCCGUGCCAUUUUCAGGAAGACACCUAAAAGGAGAAGUGAUGAUCCCAUCCCACUUGAACAGUUGAAUAAUUCCGAAAAAGUGGAAGAAGAUAAUAAAAAUAAUCAAUCACCUAAAAGAGAACAAGGUCCUUGACCUUAAUCCUCGAGGCCACCCAGUAUACAUAUUAUACACAAUGUUAUUGUGUGUUUGGAUUAUUUGUGAUUAUUGGAUGAUAAUAUUUAAAGUUAAUUAAAGUUUUAUUGUUAUGUGUUUGACUACAAUAUUGUUUGAAUGCUGUGAUA